AUGGACCGCCCCGACCCCAACCCUGAUCCUCUAGAACCUCCUUUCGAGUUUUGUUCCCCCAUACACAGCUCGUCGUCGUCUUCAUCGCCUGCAUGGCUUUCAUCAAUGAGUGAGUCGUCAGAGGAUCAUGAUGAGACUAUUUAUUGGCCAGAAUCUCCUCCUACCCUUCACCCGCAUUCUGCCUCUACGAAGAGUACCCGGAGGCCAAAGCUUUACGAGAAGAGGGUGACGUUGAAAACUCCACCUGGUUCCCCGAUUUUCCCCCUCGAUGCAACACCACGACAAGCACCUAAACGCGGAAACGUCGAGUCAAGCCCUCAGACUCCGUCCCAAGCGUUUCAUAGUUAUGGCCUCAGGGAUACAAAUUCAGAGACCGAAAUGUGGGAGGCGGCGUUGUCGCGUGCCAUUGACUCUUCGGAAGGGCGAGUUGAUUUAAGCAACUGCGGCCUAACGCGUAUCCCACAUAAUAUUUCAGAUCUUGCCAAGCUUGUAGUUAUCAAAAAACCUCAUGACGCGUCAUUUCAGUCGCGGCGUCCAUUCUCUCGUGUCGCCUCUGCGCCAGCGCGGUCGGUAGCGCCCCAAAAAAGGGAGUUUGGCCGAUAUGCAACUACGACAUUUCAACUGUCCAAUACACUUCCACCUAACAACGCGUCUACUCCAGAAAUUGAGUUGUACUUGGGAGGCAACUUGAUUAAGGCUCUACCCCGUGAACUCUUUGGACUUUGGAACCUGACUGUUCUUAGUCUUCGAUCAAACAGUAUCGAAUAUCUCCCUCCAUCCAUUGCCAACCUAAAUGCCCUUGUCGAGCUCAAUUUGGCCAAUAACAAGUUGAAGUACUUACCCGCUGAACUUACACACCUCCCAAAAUUAGCCCGAUUGAAUCUCUCUCCCAACCCUUUCUUACCUCCUCCUGGCACCAUUACCCGAGACGUCAGUUCUCUCCUGAAUGUGAAGUGGCUGCAACCGAGGCAUCCUCCAACUGUUUCCAAGAGAGUGCUCGGUCCUUUGACUAGAGUUUAUCCCCAUGUUCCCAGCCGAGUCCUUCCUCUCUCUGAGCUCUGCCUCCGUGUCCUCCUCAGCCCAUCACGGCGUCUUGCGCCCACCGGCACUGCUCCGCUUCUUGUAUGGCAAGAAUACGAACUCGAUGAAUGGUCAAUCCCAGUUUCGAUUCGCAGAGCAUUACUUGCUUCCAUUGACACGAAUUCUCGAUACCAGUCACCUCCCAACGCCGAUCAUGAUAACUUGUUCAACGAGAUGCAAACCUCCGACGAACUCUUAUUGCUCCAGGCAGCCUCUUACUAUCCACACUGUUGUCCUAAUCCCAGUCAUACACGGCCCUUCAAUUCCGCAUCGAUCUCUUUCACAGAAAGCCUAGACCUCUCUUCCACGUUUUCAUUACGCUCAUUUGUGGCUCCCAGAAAACCCAUUGGGUCGACGGCUAAUGUGUACCUUCGACACGCAGAAGAGCGACUGGAAUGGGUUAAAACCGUUGCAGGAGUGAAGAUUUCGACGAACGACAUGGGUCCCAGCGUACCCAUUCUAUGGCGUGGUUGUUCAAUGGGGUGCUUGUCGUUUCUGGAGACUUCGAACGUUCAAACACCUCAUAUGCCACCUCUCCGGAAGACAUCGACGUUCAAUGCCCCGUUCGGUGGUGACUUCCCCGGGAGUGAAGGUGGUGAUGGGUUUGAUCUUGAUGAAUUAGACGAUUGGACGAACGACACAACAUAA